CCUCCCUUCCUCCUCCCUUGAGAUCUUGUACAUGAUGACAAAUGGGAAAGCAUUUCCCAUGAUCCCACAUGUACACCUGUGCUGAAUUGCUAAUGGUCUCGAGGGAGGAAGAAAGGGAGAGAAUUUGGAUUCAAAUUUUAAAAACUGCUUGUUUUAACGUGUAAUUGGGAAAAAGUAGAAUAUUCCAGAAUUGGAAUAGUGACGGCCCUUAGGGGCAUUUGUGUGGCAUUUUGACAUGACAGAUUUAGCGUGCCCGGAAGGCAGGCGAGGACGGCCCUCGAGAGCCCCGAGGCUUUCCUUGCUGAACGCUAGGGGAGGGGAGCAGCUUGUCACUCUGGGGGCCCUUUACGCGUCAGAGCUUCCCAGGGUCGUUGCCUGCACGGGCAUUUUGAGCCCGAUGUCCUGACCCUUCAGUCCCGCUGUUCCACGUGGGCUGAAAAUCUUCCAGCGAAGGAACUUCCCAGAAAGAGCUUGCCCCGUGUGCUUCCCUGGCCACACCUGGUAAAGGGAGCGCUUUCUGAGGGUGUUUGUAGCCACCGGGCCCUGGGCAGCUUGGGACUGGCUGGGGGGCUGCCUCCAUUGGUGGGCAUCAGCUUUGGGGAGGUGGUCCCCAGCGCCCCUUCCCCUGAGUGCUCAGAGGGCAGAGAGAGAAGGGAGUUUCUGGGGCCUCUUUGCUGCAGGUUGUGUGUGUGUGCCCGCGCACCUGCUUCUUUUUGGUGGGGAGGAGGGAUACUUUCCUGAGUGGGUCAAUAUUGGCCAAAUGACCGUUUUUUCUGAAAAAUGCCCAAACCCUAAAUAUGUCAGACAGACCGCUCCCUCUUCCUUCCCCGGUGGCACGUUCCAUGAACAACUGCCCAGUGGCUUGGUCGUGGACACAAGAAGGAUGAGGGUUCCACCGCAGGGCCUGAAAAUCCAAGUGCUCCCUAACCAGCUUUCCCUGCCCCACCUUUGGAUGGUCUCCCACGUCCAGAGUCCACCAGGGCUCGCGGCCAGGCCAGCCCAGUGUUCGCUUCCUUGCUGGGACGGUUUAGAGCACACAGGAGCCCCCGGUGCCGCUCAGCCGACCCCCUGCCGUGACCAGGCGGGGGCCAGCCCAGCCAGCUUCCGUCCUCCCCACCAUCUUUGAGGUGUGUCCAGUGCUGGCCGCCACGUGGUCUCUCCCUCAUACGCCGGCCACCAUGUUGUCCCUCUGGGCUCGGUUCUUGGUACUCCACCAGCCUUUUUUCGGUUCAGUUCCUUUGGAAGGGGCUGUGCUUCUUGUCCGUCAGUGAGCCGAGAUGGCCUACAGUUCCCGGCCACCUGAGCUUUGGAAACACACAGCUGGUUGGGCCUCCUUCCUGCCUGCAAGUGCAGAACCUCGUGGCUGAGGUCACUUGUCUGGCAUGCUGGGAAAGCUUGGGCCCCAUGGCCACAGGUUCCUGGGUCUGUGGCUAAGGCGGGGAGCCGUGUGUACCUUCUUCAGCCCCAGGGGUCCAGGAGUCUGUGAUGAGCCCCCUGUCCCUGCAGAGGGGCGCCCCCAGGAAAUGGCCUCCAAGUCGCUCCCCAGCCUGCUCACUUUCCUGUGUGGCUCCGUGGUGGGCUUCUUCCUGUGCUACCAGAUCCUGCACAUCCUGCUGGAGAAGCCAGCUGAGACCCAGCCACACAUCAUCCACAAUGACCCGCACGCCCGGCAUGCGGAGGACUCUGCCCACGGGCACCUCGAAGGCCAGAUGGACUUUGGGGCCGACAUCAGCCAGCACCGAGAUGAGGACAAGCACGUGGCCGAGGAGCUCUACCACAGGGUCCGGGUCCUCUGCUGGGUCAUGACGGGGCCUCAGAACCUGGAGAAGAAGGCCCGGCACGUCAAGGCCACGUGGGGCCGGCGCUGCAACCGACUGCUGUUCAUGAGCUCCGAGGAGAACAAGGACUUCCCCACGGUGGGGCUGGACGCCCGCGAGGGCCGCGACCAGCUCUACUGGAAGACCAUCCGCGCCUUCCAGUACGUGUACGAGCAUCACCCCGACGAGGCCGACUGGUUCAUGAAGGCCGACGACGACACCUACGUGGUCCUGGACAACCUGCGCUGGCUGCUGGCCCGCCACGACCCCGCCAAGCCCAUCUACUUCGGGCGCCGCUUCAAGCCCUACGUCAAGCAGGGCUACAUGAGUGGGGGCGCCGGCUACGUGCUCAGCAGGGAGGCCCUGCGGAGGUUCGUGGAGGCCUUCAGGACCAACAGGUGCUCCCACAGCUCCUCCGUGGAGGACCUGGCGCUCGGCAAGUGCAUGGAGGCCAUCGGCGUGGAGGCCGGAGACUCCCGCGACCCCAGCGGCAAGGAGACCUUCCACCCCUUUGUCCCAGAGCACCACCUCAUCAAGGGCUACCUGCCCAAGACCUUCUGGUACUGGAACUACAACUACUACCCGCCUGUCGAGGGCCCGGGUUGCUGUUCAGACCUCGCCGUUUCCUUCCACUAUGUCGAUUCUACGACUAUGUACCAGCUGGAGUACCUCGUGCACCACCUGCGCCCCUACGGUUAUUCCUACAGGUAUCAGCCCGCCUUGCCCGAGGCACCCGCCAAGCAAGCGAGUGAAGCCGACAGAAAAGAAGGUCCCCAAGAGAAGUCGGGGAACCGGUAAAAGACGGAGUCUUCCCAAGCAGAGGGGGCCCAGAUGGGGGCCCCUCACACCUGCGGCAGGUGGUCAGGGCAGUGCGGACAGGAGGACACUUGGGACCUUGGGACCCUGCCAAAAAUCUUUGUUAAACGGUUGUGUCGCCUUCUGUAGGAAGCCCAGGCAGCAGCUGUGCAGUGUGGCAGCCUAGUGGUCCAGGGGUAGAUGGGUGGGUGGAUUGUGGAUGGAUGGAUGGAUGGAUGAAUGGAUGAGUGGAUGGAUGGGUGGGUGGGUGGGUGUAUGGAGAUAGAGAUGUGAAGGAUUCGUAUUUCCCAAACUAGAUGCCUCCAUUUGUGGGCAGCCAGGAGACAGCCUGAGUAAAAAGAGUGAGCUUUGGCCUCAGACUCAUCCCUCUGUGUCCGUCACAGAGGGUGGUUGACACCUAGGCUCCCUGUGGCUUCCUGGAAGCAGUAGAUCUGGGGUAGGAAGGGGGCUUUUUCUAUUCCAAUCCAACCUCCCUUAAACAGAAGAGCCCUUCUGAGAACAGAGGAGCUGCUGCUGCUUCCCCAAGCCCCUGAGCUUGUCUCUGCUCCAUGAAUCAGAAAUGUGGGGGACCCCGCAGCCCGUGGGGGACCCUGCAGCCCGUGGCAGCUCCAUCCCAGCACAGAGCCUGUGGCCACUCUGGAGGAGUUCAGCUUGGAUGCCUGGUCCGGGACCCAGCAGGAGUUGCCUCAUUCCCCCGUCCCAGCGUGGUGCAAGUGCCCACAGUCCAUCCUCAGCCUGGCCCAUCUUGAAGUUUCUCUGAGUCCGGCCCCUCCCACAUGCCUGUUGGGUCUUCUCUGAAUGUCCCUCUCCCCAGUGUUUGCAGGAGGGCUCUGAGUAAAACUGCACCGGGUGGUCCCAGGGGAGGUGGAGUGCUCCCCUUGCACCCUGAGAGGCCCCUCCCGUGGCCAAAGGCUUGUUCAGCCAGCGAAUGGGGAGGGCCCCAAGUCCCAGUCCGGCUUCUGAGAGCGUCCUCUCACCAGCUGGUGUUGGAGGACGAGGAGCCCACCAAAGGGAGAGCCCCCAGCUCUGUCUGGACCUUGUGCCUCUCAGACUCUGGCCUUGGGCCCAGUUCUUGGGGCUCCUUCCUCCGGGAAGCCAGGAGACGCCUGGGCUCGCCUCCCCGCCCCCACAGGGUAUUUGGGCUCUUGGGGGAGGCAUGGAACAGCUGACAGGAUAUGUAGGAGGCUCCCCCAACCUGGGAGCUCCCGAGGUGACUGGUCCCCCCGCUGGUCAGUGCUUCCAGGGCUCCCCGCUACUGAAAUCCUCGCGACUUGGAGAUUCUCGUCAAUAAGAAUGGAGAGAGUGCGGGGCUGGGAUGGAAAGGAGCCUCCUGGGUAAGAGGCGGCGUCCUGCUGGCUCUGAGGGGCUCUGAGGGAUUGCUCGGCUGAGCGCUCCCCUGAAAGCUCCCUGGCCCCUGUCCGGCUGCACGGGGCAUGGAAGCGAUGGGCCCUGGCCUGAGACACUUUAAGUAAGCCCGAGUUCUCGUUGGUUUAACCCUUCCCCUCCCUGGCGUCCCCCGGGCUUCUGCAGCUCGUCGGGGGCGUUGCACAAGUUUGUCGAGUCCCCAGGAGUCUGCAGCCCCCGGCUCUCGGAGGGCCGCCCUUCCUGGACCUCCGGAGGCGAUGUGGUGAUCUCAGAAGGAGCAAGGCCCCGGGCAGGAGACAUGGGGGCUGUGGGGGAGCUCUCUCGCAGGCCCCCAGACCCGGGUGCUCCCUCUUAACACCACUGGGAGCAUGGGACCCCCGAGAAGGGCCCAGAGUGCUGUCCAUGAUGCUGAGCCGUUUCUGGCCCGUCCUUGGCCUCCCAGCGCAUUUCCUACUGCAUGGGCUCCAAAUGCGAGGAAGGCAGCCGGCCGGGCCUUCUCCGUUAUCUGCCUUGGGGCUGGAGGUGGUCACCGUGCCCGCCUCGGAGCAGCGGCCCGGCCCGGGAGGAGCCGGUGCACCGGGCUUCUUGUGGCCUGGAGCCGGGCCGGGGAGGCAGGUACCGACCUCGGGGCCUCCGUCCCUGGGGCAGCUGCAGGAAGCCUUGCUGCCUGCCCCCUCUGGGCCGGCCCAGGGCCACGGGCCUCCGCUGAGUAGGGGGCAGGACGGGAGGGCAGCGCUCUGUAACCCUUGUUUCCGAAGUGCCUUUUGGAUGGUUGUGUUUUUUUUUUUUUUUAAUCAUUAAUUUAAACCGAGAAUUGCACAAAAAUAAAGAUGACUGGCCAUCUGUCUUCCACCACCAA